AUGCUGCCUCCCCUGCCAGCGGGAGACUGGAACGACGCAUAUAUCACACGGAAUGACGAGUCCGGAGAGCCUUACUUCCAAAAGGUGGUGAGAACUCAAAUUCCUGGAGUUGAAAGCAGCUGGCACGCGGAAACCUUCGAAUACCUCAGCCUCAAGCUGGGAUCAAAGCUUCGCACAAACGUGUACGAAGCUCAGUUACCAGGAUCUUCCCACACCGUGGUUGCCAAAUUCGCAAGAUUCAGCUGGGAGGUAGGCUAUCUCGACAAAGAAUGUGCAGCACACCAGUGGAUCGAGGGCAAGUCCAUCGGACCAAGUUUCCUGGGCAACAUAUCAGAGGAGGGCAGAACCAUCGGCUUCGUCCUCGAGCACAUAGCUGGUGCCCAUCAUGCUUCACCUACGGAUUAUGCGGCCUGCAAGCAGGUGCUUUCGGAGUUGCACCAGCUGGGUAUUGUCCACGGAGAUGUCAACAAGCACAACUUCCUGGCUGUUGAUAAUAGGGCGGUCCUGAUCGAUUUCGACGGCGCGUACAGGACGCAGGACAAGCAGGCUUUCGAGAAGCAGAUGCAGAGUCUUGAGAUGCAGCUUGCAGAGGCUUCUGGCAGAGGUGGAGUCUCGACAGUCGACAGCUGA